GUUUUCUUACAGCGAAUGUCUUCCAAGAAGGAAUCGAAGCACGCGCUGGGCUUAUCCCCACUGCGCUCCCCUAAAUGUUGUCGCUGCCGAAACCAUGGAAUUAUUACGGUCUUGAAGGGACACAAAAGAUUCUGCCAAUGGAAGAACUGCACGUGCGAAAAUUGCCUCCUGCUAAUGAAGCGCCAACAAAAUUCAAAAGAACAAAUUGCUCUCAGGCGCCUAUGGAAACAAGAGGAGGAUAUGGGUCUGGUGGCGCCAAUACCCGUUGAUACAGACUCCCUACAGGUCCUUAUCCAUCGGUAUCCCCACUAUGACGUGGAGAAGUUGAGUGCCAUUUUAAAAUCGUCUGAUGGAGACACCCAGAAGGCUAUAGAGAAGAUAGACGCCGCCAUGAACAGAGCCCUGGACAACAUUACGACCGAAGCCAAGCCGGGCCUAACACCUACGUGCGCCGGGGACAUGCGCGUUACCCCAGGGCAUGUUGGCAUGGGGUUCAUUGGAUUCCAAGGGUAUAAUUCCGGAUUCCACACCCCUUUACCCUCGCCCCAUCCCAGCGUCAAUCCACUCUCCCCACGGGCCAGCAUGCCGAUGUACCCCAGGGCGCCCUACAUGUACCCGUAUAAUCCCCCCUCGCGACUCUUCCCCGCCACCCAGCCGGACACAACAUACACUGGAGAUUUCCAUGGUCCGAUGUCCCGGUCAGGACAAUCUGCUCAAGACUUCCCGACGUCUCGGAACGUCUUUUAUUCGGAAUGUCAAAGUUCAAUGGAAUCGUUAAUUGGCUAUCCCAAAGCCUCAGAAGUGGGCGUGUUCCAGCCACGCCCCUCCACUGCCAACUCCGACACGGAGGGAAACCUUGUUAUUGAUAUGAAGGACGAGGAGGGCGCAUGCGCUGAGGGACUUCUCGCAAACUACUCCUCUCAGUGACGUGGCUAUUAACGAGUUAUACUUGCGUGUUAGAGACUUUUAGAUGAACUCUUUAAUGAUUAAUUUUGGUAAAGAACAAUAAUUUUAUAUUUCAUUGAACUUGACCAUAUCAUAUGGCCAUAGUGUGUGGACAUCAUGUGUGAACAUAUUGUUACCAUAUCAUGUGAUAAUAGUAUGUGGACAUAUCACGUGACCAAAGUAUGUGGACACAUCACGUGACCAAAAUAUGUGGCCAUAAUGUAUGUCCAUAUUGUGUGGACAUGGCAUGUGGACAAAGUGUGUGGAAAUAGUAUAAAUUUUGCAGUGUUUUAUUAAAAUACUUUGA